CAAGAAAAGCUGCAUUGAACAAGUAAAGGAAGACGCUGGAGGAAGCAUUUUUAUGGUGUACGGAGAGUAACACAACACAUAGGUUAUUGUUUGCAGAAUAAACCCUGCUGGUUUAUCAGAUCACAUAAAGCAAAUGGCUGAAGGAAGCAUAAAACACAGAAAACAGAGCUCUGACCAAGGACCAGAUGGACUUUCUGUUCAAAGCAAGCAAUCCAAAUCUAUGAAUCUACAAAAAGAGGUGGGUCUGAUCAGCGGCAUCUCUGUCAUUGUUGGGACUGUGAUUGGUUCAGGGAUCUUUAUUUCUCCCAAAGCAGUGCUGGCCAAUGUUGGAGCAAUCGGGCCUUGUUUAAUCAUCUGGGCAGCCUGCGGAGUGCUUGCCACACUGGGUGCGCUAUGUUUUGCCGAACUUGGCACAAUGAUAACAAAAUCAGGAGGAGAAUAUCCAUAUCUGAUGGAAGCAUUUGGCCCAAUACCUGCGUAUUUGUUUUCCUGGACAAGUCUAGUAGUCAUCAAGCCCACAUCUUUUGCCAUAAUUUGCCUCAGUUUUGCAGAAUAUGUGUCAGCUCCAUUUUAUCCAGGAUGUGACCCUCCCAUAGUUAUUAUCAAGUGCCUGGCAACUGUAGCCAUAGUGACCAUCACAAUAGUGAAUUCAUUGAGUGUGAAGCUGGCAAGCUAUGUUCAGAAUUUUUUUACUGCUGCUAAAAUGGUGAUCGUUGUCAUUAUCGUUAUAAGUGGCAUUGUCCUACUAGCGAAAGGAAAUACUCAGAACUUUCAAAAUUCAUUUGACGGUCCCCCGCUUUCCGUGGGCACUAUUAGCCUGGCAUUUUAUAAUGGCCUCUGGGCAUAUGAUGGAUGGAAUCAGCUCAAUUAUAUUACAGAAGAGCUGAAAGAUCCUUUUAGAAAUCUGCCACUGUCUAUAAUUAUUGGAAUACCGCUGGUCACCGUAUGUUAUGUUCUGAUCAAUGUUUCCUAUUUCACGGUUAUGACAGCGACAGAACUUCUGCAGUCUCAAGCCGUCGCGGUGACAUUUGGAGACAGAGUUCUUUAUCCUGCUUCUUGGAUCGUUCCUCUCUUUGUGGCUUUUUCUACCAUUGGAGCAGCCAAUGGGACUUGCUUUACUGCUGGCAGACUGGUUUAUGUAGCAGGUCGUGAAGGGCACAUGUUGAAGGUGUUAUCUUACAUCAGCAUUAAGCGUUUAACUCCAGCACCUGCUAUCAUGUUUUAUGGUGCAAUAGCUAUUAUUUAUAUCAUCCCAGGAGACAUCAACACACUCAUCAACUACUUCAGCUUUGCAGUUUGGCUGUUCUAUGGUUUAACUGUAGUGGGACUCGUUGUCAUGCGUUUUACUAGGAAAGAACUUGAGAGGCCUAUCCGUGUCCCUCUUAUCAUCCCCAUCAUUGUGGCACUUGUUGCUGUCGUUCUGGUCCUGGCACCCAUUAUCACUAAACCUGAGCUGCCAUAUUUGUACUGUGUCCUGUUUAUUCUUAGCGGACUCAUCUUUUACGUACUUUUCAUCCACUUUAAAUUUGCUUGGGCUCAAAAGAUUUCAAGACCCAUUACUAUGCAUCUUCAGAUGCUGAUGGAAGUUGUUCCAGCAGAAGGAGUUAUUGAGGAAAACUGAUCACCUCAUCCUUCAAAAGGCACAAUCCUCUGAAUGGCUCAGGAGAAACGCUGCAUCAUUUCGCUUCCAUGGCUCUAAUUUCUCUGAAGAUUAGGGAAGUUCUGCGAGGCAGCCAGUGCCCUGAAGACAUAUUCAGCCAUAUUUACAUGUUAUUUUGCGGUUACAUAUAGUUUGUUUUACAGCACUUACAACUCAAAAGAGCAGUGAAAUCAUAAGGAGGUAGGUUUAUGCAGAAGAGGAUAACCCUGAAUAUUUCUGGCUGUUGAUUUCAAAUUUGGAAAUCAAAAUGGAAAGCAUUCCAACUUUUGUUAGUUUGGAUACUUCUCUUUUUCGUUUGGUAAUGAAGAGAUCCGUAUUACAGUGCCAUCUAUCAGCAAACAAACAUGGAAGCACAAAGCUAAAAUCCAAUGUAUUCAUACCCUAUGGAUAUGCAAAGAUCUGACACGCCAGGAAACGACAGCUAAGCAAACAUUAGUUCUUGGAGGAUCAAGGAGGGCAUGCUUGCAAUUGUACUCUGCUAGGAUUUGAAAUCAAUGGCAUAUGGAAAUGUUUAUAGGCUGAGCUUCCUGUUGAAUAUUUCAAAUAUAUGGUAGGGAUUGGCUUUUCUACACUGAAGUUAUGUUUCACGGAUUUGAUAGACUGUGUAUUUUGGGUACUGAUCACAGGAUCUAAAGAAAAGUCAGUCUAGCAUCAUGGCCAAGGCAGACAAGUGUCCCAAACGUUUGUUUGCCCAAAGAAUGAACGUCUACAUCCUAAUCCUUGUAGUUCUAGUUCAACAUCCUGAACCUCUGGAUCUUUGGAGGACCAAGGCAGGCAUACAAAUGAUUCACUCAGAAGCCUAAUCAUCAAGGGCUUCUCCUAAUUUCCUGUCAUCUACAAAUUUUAUAAGCAUGCCCUCUAUUCCUUCAUCUAACUCACUGAUAAAGAAGAGGACUAGCACUGGGCCCAGGACAGAACCCUGUGGCAUCCCACUAGUCACUUCUCUACAGGAUGAAGAGGAGCCAUUGCUGAGCAUCCUUGAGGUUUAGCUGUUCAACGAAAUAUAAAUCCACCUAAUAGUUGCAUUGUCUAGCCCACAUUUUACUAGUUUGUUUUCCAGAAUAUUGCAGGGGACUUCAUUGAUGGUGGAUAGUAGAAAUUUCCCUGGACAGCCUCAAAACUCAAUAUUCCAGCAUUACUAACUUCUAGCGUACUGUGAAUGCCAAUUGUUUAUAUUAUAUAUAUUAUUAUGCUUUAUAUAUAAAAUAAAGUUUCUAAAA